AUGGCCAGCCUAGAGGAAAUGAUAGCCAACCUCACGGAGGUGGUACGCACACAUAUGGUCGCACCAAGGGAAGAGGUUCCGGAUCAACGGAGUCGCCCUCAAACUCCUAGGUUUAUUCCCCAACCUCCCUACCCGACCGAGGAUGAGUAUGACUUCUAUGCCAACGCUCCUGCCGCCAGGGCAGUUGAGGAUCAAGAGAAAAAGGAAUUGAAGGAUCAGGCAAUCUUGCCAGAAAGGUUCAAGUGGACAUGUGACAAGUUCAAUGGAACUGGGGAUCCCCGUACCCACUUGAAGUCUUUCAUUGGACAGUUGAGGAUAAAGAGGUUCACAGAUGAAAUGUUGGGGCAAGCUUUUCAAUUCUCUCUAAUUGGUGCGGCUCAUCAUUGGCUUAUGUCUUUAGACAAGGCAUCCUCUCGCACUUGGGAGGACAUUAUGAGAGCUUUCACCAAACAAUAUGGCUAUAAUACUGAAGUGGAAUUAACAAGAAGAGAAUUGGAAAUGACAAGGCAAAUGCCGAAUGAAGGGUUCACUGAGUAUUUGAGGCGUUUUCGUGACAAAGCAUCUAUGAUGAGGGAUCGACCAAGUGAGCGGGAUCAGAUUGCCAUGAUCAUGAGGUCGGUGUGUGGUCCCUACAAGGAUGUGUUGUUUGGCCAGGCAAUAUUGACAUUCGAGGGACUCAGAAUGGCAGCCCAGCAGGUCGAAGAUGCCCUCGCCCAAGAAGAGCUCCCCAAGUAUAGAAAACUUGCUAAGGAGGCUAGUAGCAGCAGAAAACCUCCUACCCAACAGAGGAAUUCGGGGUCUAAUGCCACGAUGGUGAUUCUUCCCACAACGCCGGCCUUGCCUACUCCGUCAACGCCAUUUGUGAUUGAGCAAGAUGCGACCCCCGCUCCCCGUCAACCUCGAAGGCAGUUCACUGACUUGGGGACUUCUUUGAGUUCAGUUUUGAAUCGUUUGCUUCAGGCUGGUCUUAUAGUCAAGCCAGAGCCUAGGCCAUUACCUGAGCGGAAACCUGAUUGGUUCAAUCGAAACCUGUUUUGUGACUACCAUUCUCAGCAAGGUCACGCAACAGAUAGAUGUUACAAGUUGCAGGAGGCAAUCCAAGAUCUGCUUGAUGCAAAGAAGUUUGAAAUCCGGGUCAAACAACCUAAUGUUGCCACAAAUCCCCUUCCUGAGCAUCGAACAGUUAACGCCUUGCAGGAAGAUUUAGGAAAUUUUGACCCGACUUCCCUUAUCAGUUUUCUAUCAGUGAAGAGUAGCCAAACAGAGGCGACCAGCGUUGGAGAUCUUAGCGGGUUUACUUCCCCCCUUCUGGAUGAUGUUGUCACUUCUAGUUUGAAGGAGCCUGUAGAGUCAGAGUUGAAGGAAGAUGAGAUCAAUGGCUUGUAUGAUGAAUCUGAUUUUGAGAUUUACACACCAAACCUUGGCUUGGAACUAAAUGUAGUCAAACAUGAAGCUAAUGAGGAUUAUGAUAUCAUUAUCCCUGGGGAAGGGUUACAGGCAAAGCAAAGGUUUGCGGAGUCUGACGACGAGGUAGAGUUCUACAUUCCGGGUGAGAUAAUAGCAGAAACUCGAAGUGGGAAGAACUACAAUGCAGCAGGACUCACAGAACCACCAGCAAGGCCAAAAGAUCAGGGACUGAACAAUAAGUUGAUUGAACCGGAGAGUCAAGUAUUGAGGCAGUUGCAGAAGACCCAAGCAAAUAUAUCUAUUUGGGGCUUGCUCAUGGCCUCUCCUACCCACAGGGAAGCAGUGUUGAAAUCUCUGGCAAGCAUCCAAGUUCCAAUUGGGACCGAUUCGGCACAACUAGCAAGCCUAGUAGGAGCCAUGCACACAGUGAACUCAUUGAUGUUUGCAGAUGCCGAUCUCCCUCUUGAAGGUUCGAAACACACAAGGGCUUUACACAUAACCAUUGAUUGCAGAGGAUGUCGAAUUCCCCAAGUAUUGGUAGACAAUGGGUCGGCGUUGAAUGUUUUCCCUCUCAGGACCUUUAAACAUUUGGGAUUUGAUGAGGCCGAGAUGAAGCCAUCUAGUCAAUGUGUUCGAGCUUAUGACAACACCAGGAGGAGCGUGUUGGGAAUUUUCACUGUGGUGAUAGUAGUUGGACCGGAAGAAUUCGAGGUAGACUUCCAAGUUAUCGAUAUUCCUGCGUCUUUCAAUAUGAUUUUAGGCCGUCCAUGGUUACACAACGCUGGGGCAGUUUCCUCUUCCCUUCGCCAAAAGAUAAAAUUUUUGUUCAAAGGGCAGGUGAUCACUGUCUUGGCAGAUCCUGACUUGGUCAGCAUGAUGGCAUCCAUUGAUGUGGGGGAAAGUAACAAUGGUGAGACAUCUGAAGUUCGUUUGGGAGGUUUUGAGUUGGGCAGUAUCAAUGCAACUUUGGGGCCUAGUUCACCGGGAGAGAGAUUUGCUUUGACAGAGUUUAACAUCACCAACCCCGGAGUAACCAACAUGCUUCUUAAAAUGAAGUAUUUUCCAGAGGAGGACCAAGAAAAGAUAGCAGCCAAGAAGAAAAAAUAUGACAGAAAUUGCAAGAGAUAUGAAGGGUUGAAAUACAAGAAUGAGGGGAAGAAUUUCAUCCAUAUGCUUAGCAAUGGGGAAAGUUCUGAAGGAAAGGCAAUAGAGGCAGGUUAUCAGCAGAACAAGACUAUCAAGUAUGGGCUAGUGAAGGUUUCAAAGUGGAACAACAUGGAAGAUGGAUCUGAGACCGUCAAUAUGACUCCCUAUUUCAAAACUCUGAAUGAUUAUUUUGUCAAGGAAGGGCAGGAUUUCUUCUAUUGCGGAUUCCCAGAACCAUGGUUAGAUGUGUUUUCAGGGGAGAGGCUACCAGGCUUUGAGAUCUUCUUUGAUUGCGUGAUUGAUUGGGCAGAGUUAGAACAUUACUCACUGAAGCAGUUUGAACAGGUCUAA